AUGGCUUUGGCCGGGCUGUGCUCGCUGCUGGCCGGCUGCUGCCUGGCCGCGGGCAGCGGCCCCGCCGAGGCGGCGGCGGAGGCGGCGGCCAAGGAGCUGGAGUGCAAGCUGAAGAGCAUCACGGUGUCUGCGCUGCCCUUCCUGCGGGAGAACGACCUCAGCAUCAUGCACGGCCCCUCGGCCGCCGAGCCCAAGCUGCUCUUCUCGGUCCGCAACGAUUUCCCCGGCGAGAUGGUGGUGGUGGAUGACCUGGAGAACACGGAGCUGCCCUACUUCGUGCUGGAGAUCUCAGGCAACACGGAUGACAUCCCACUGGUGCGCUGGCGGCAGCAGUGGCUGGAGAAUGGCACGUUGCUCUUCCACAUCCACCACCAAGACGGGACCCCCAACCUGCCUGGCUUCGACCCCACAGAGGAGCCCCAGACUGAGUCUGCAGAGGAGGAGCUGAGGAUCCUCCACAUCUCUGUCAUGGGAGGGAUGAUUGCCCUGCUGCUCUCCAUCCUCUGCCUGGUGAUGAUCCUCUACACCCGCCGGCGAUGGUGCAAGCGGCGCCGGGUGCCGCAGCCCCAGAAGAGCGCCAGCGCCGAGGCGGCCAACGAGAUCCACUACAUCCCAUCCGUGCUGAUCGGGGGCCACGGGCGGGAGAGCCUGCGCAACGCCCGCGUGCAGGGCCACAACUCCAGCGGGACGCUCAGCAUCCGCGAGACGCCCAUCCUGGACGGCUACGAGUACGACAUCACCGACCUGCGGCACCACCUCCAGCGCGAGUGCAUGAACGGCGGAGAGGACUUCGCCAGCCAGGUCACCCGCACCCUGGACUCACUGCAGGGCUGCAAUGAGAAGGCCAGCAUGGACCUCACACCAGGGAGCGAUAAUGCCAAGCUGUCCCUGAUGAACAAGUACAAGGACAACAUCAUUGCCACCAGCCCCGUGGACUCGAACCACCAGCAGGCCACGCUGCUGUCCCACACCUCCAGCAGCCAGCGCAAGCGCAUUAACAACAAAGCGCGAGCUGGCUCAGCCUUUCUCAACCCCGAGGGGGACUCAGGGACAGAGGCAGACACCGAUCCCCAGCUGACCUUCUACACGGACCCAUCACGGAGCCGGAGGCGCAGCCGAGUGGGGUCCCCCCGAAGCCCUGUGAACAAGACGACGCUGACCCUCAUCAGUGUGACGAGCUGUGUCAUCAGUCUGGUGUGCUCUUCCCACAUGAACUGCCCCCUUGUUGUCAAGAUCACCCUCCAUGUCCCUGAGCACCUGAUUGCUGAUGGAAGCCGGUUCAUCCUGCUGGAGGGGAGCCAGCUGGAUGCCAGUGACUGGCUGAACCCAGCACAGGUUGUCCUCUUCUCCCAGCAAAACUCCAGUGGGCCCUGGGCCCUGGACCUCUGUGCUCGGCGCCUCCUCGACCCCUGUGAGCAUCAGUGUGACCCUGAGACUGGGGAAUGUCUCUGCUAUGAAGGUUAUAUGAAGGACCCUGUGCACAAGCACCUCUGCAUCCGGAACGAGUGGGGAACAAACCAGGGGCCUUGGCCAUACACCAUCUUCCAGCGUGGCUUUGACUUGGUGCUGGGUGAGCAGCCCUCUGACAAGAUUUUUCGGUUCACCUACACUUUAGGGGAGGGCAUGUGGCUACCCCUGAGCAAGAGCUUCGUCAUCCCACCAGCCGAACUGGCCAUCAACCCCUCAGCCAAGUGCAAGACUGACAUGACGGUGAUGGAGGAUGCAGUGGAGGUCAGGGAAGAGCUGAUGACCUCAUCCUCCUUCGACAGCCUGGAGGUCCUUCUUGACUCCUUUGGCCCUGUUCGUGACUGCUCCCGGGACAACGGGGGCUGCAGCAAGAACUUCCGCUGCAUCUCAGACCGCAAGCUGGAUUCCACAGGCUGUGUGUGCCCAACGGGCCUGAGCCCCAUGAAGGACGGCACCGGCUGCUAUGACCGUCAUGUCGGCGUGGACUGCUCCGAUGGCUUCAACGGGGGCUGUGAGCAGCUGUGCCUGCAGCAGAUGGUCCCCCUGCCUGAAGACCCCCUGCUCUACAACAUCCUCAUGUUCUGUGGGUGCAUUGAGGACUACAAGCUGGGCAUGGAUGGACGGUCGUGCCAGCUGAUCUCGGAGUCGUGCCCUGAGGUGGGGGACUGCGGCGAGCCCCGCGAGCUGCCCAUGAACCAGACACUCUUUGGGGAGAUCUUCUAUGGUUACAACAACCACUCCAAGGAGGUCGCACCGGGGCAGGUGCUCAAAGGGACAUUCAGGCAGAACAACUUUGCCCGGGGCCUGGAGCAGCAGCUGCCGGAUGGGCUGGUGGUGGCCACAGUGCCUUUGGAGAACCAGUGCCAAGAGGAGCUCUCUGACCCCGUGCCUGACCCCGAGUUCCUCACUGGGAUGGUGAACUUCAGCGAGGUGUCCGGGUAUCCCCUUCUGCAGCACUGGAAGGUGCAGUCUGUUAUGUACCAUGUCCGGCUCAACCAGAUGACCAUCUCCCAGUCCUUCAGCAAUGCACUCCAUUCUCUGGAUGGAGCCACCUCCCGUGGAGAUUUUGUGGCACUGCUGGACCAGUUUGGCAACCACUACAUCCAAGAGGCAGUGUACGGCUUUGAGGAGUCCUGCUCCAUCUGGUAUCCCAACAGGCAGGUCCAGCGGCAGCUCUGGCUGGAGUAUGAGGACAUCAGCAAAGGCAACUCCCCUUCAGAUGAGUCCGAGGAGCGGGAGCGAGACCCCAAGGUGCUGACAUUCCCCGAGUACAUUGCCAGCCUCUCCGAGUCUGGCACCAAGCGCGUGGCAGCUGGCGUGCGGAUGGAGUGCCAGAGCCGCGGGCGCUGCCCCCCCUCCUGCCCGCUCUGCCACGUUGCCUCCAGCCCCGACGUGCCAGCCGAGCCCAUCCUGCUGGAGGUCACCAAGGCAGCCCCCCUCUACGAGCUGGUCACCAACAACCAGACCCAGCGGCUCCUGCAGGAGGCCACCAUGAGCUUGCUAUGGUGCUCAGGCAGUGGGGAUGUCAUCGAGGACUGGUGUCGCUGUGACUCGAGUGCCUUUGGGGCUGAUGGGCUGCCCACCUGUGCACCUCUCCCCCACCCAAUCCUGCGUCUCUCCACUGUACAUGAGCCCAGCAGCACACUGGUGGUACUGGAGUGGGGCCACUCAGAGCCCCCCAUUGGGGUGCAGAUCGUGGACUACCUCCUCCGUCAAGAGAAAGUCACUGACAGAACAGACCACUCCAAGGUGGAGACAGAGACAGUGCUGAGCUUCGUGGAUGACAUCAUCUCUGGUGCCAAGUCACCCUGUGCCAUGCCAGCCCAAGUGCCUGACAGACUCUCCUCCACCAUCUCCCUCAUCAUCCGCUGCUUGGAGCCUGACACCACCUACAUGUUCACACUCUGGGGAGUUGACAACACAGGAAGACGUUCCAGGUCAAGUGAUGUGACAGUCAAGACGCCCUGCCCUGUGGUAGAUGAUGUGAAAGCUCAAGAAAUUGCAGACAAGAUCUACAACCUCUUCAAUGGCUACACGAGUGGCAAGGAGCAGCAGACAGCCUACAACACUCUGCUGGACCUGGGCUCCCCCAGUCUCCACCGAGUCCUUUACCACUACAACCAGCACUAUGAGAGCUUUGGGGAGUUCACCUGGCGCUGUGAAGAUGAGCUGGGGCCCAGGUAG